GUGCGCAGGCGCAGUGGGCGAGGGAGAGGGCGGGAAGCGUCGCUGGGCUGAAGGGAGAGGAGGGCUGAGGUUCGCGGUUGCCCAGGCUGUUGGCAACCUCCUCUCGUUCUCUUUCCAGUACGACAAACACCUCCUCAGCAGGCUGGUGGCAUUUUUCUGUGGCUUUCCUUUCUCUCCUUCCACACUUAGAACUUGGUGUGAGGAUCCUGUGGUGGACUAAAAUGGAGCAACCCACAGUCAGUCUGUGGGUGAAAAUGGAACCUUUCAUUGUGGGAGCCUUGCAAAUUCCACCUCCAUCCAAGUUUAGCAUGCAUUUUCUCCGAAAGAUGUCAACCUAUGUCCGGAUGCGUUCUAGUGAAGGCUAUUAUCCAAACCUUUUCUGGCCUAUGUGGAGACAUAUUGCUUGUGGAAAGCUGCAGUUGGAGAAAGAUCUGGCAUGGCUGUACUUUGAAUUGUUUGACAGUCUUGUUGAGAGGACCUCAGAGCAACGAUUGGGAUGGGCAGAAGUGAUAUCCAAUUGUGCAACUGAAGAGGAGGCAGAGAAGCAAAGGAAUAAGUUAUCUGUGGAUACCCUUCAGUUCCUGCUGUUCCUCUAUAUUCAGCAACUAAACAAGGUUUCCCUGAAGACAUCAUUACUUGGAGAUGAGUGGCCAAGUCCUAGAUCUCGGUCUUUCAGUCUAACUGAAGAAUCCACCAAUCAGAUUAAGAAUUGGAAUGACAACUACCAUGAAGAGUUUGUUCAAAACCAUCUGCAGGAUCUUCUGGAAUUGUUGCUGGACCCGGAUCAACUCACUGCCUCCCUUCACUCUACCCAUGAUAGUAUGGUGUCUUCUGAAGCUGUCCGAGCACUUGGCUUUCUUAUUAAAGGGUGUGUGAACAAAAGCAGGACUGUUCACAGUUUGCACAAGCUUGCACUCUGGCAGCCAUUACAAGCCAAGACUGGCUACUCAAAGACCUCCAAAACCUUCUCUUUCCCCAAACUAGAGUCAUGGUUGAGGGCUUGUCUUACCAGCAACCCAUUUGGAACAUCAGCCUGCCUCAAGUCUGGAAAGAAACUUUCAUGGGCACAACAAGGAGCAACCAAACGAGCCAAGAUAGCCUGUAAUACUGACAUGGUUCCUCCAGGACACCGCAUAGUUGUGAUGAGCCAAGUUUAUAAGCAAACACUGGCAAAGAGCUCCAGUACCUUAGAAGAUACCCAUGUCAAGAUUCAUCGCUGCUGUGAAUCCUUCAUCUAUUUGCUGUCUCCCUUGAGGUCUGUGACAAUAGAGAAAUGCAGGAAUAGUACCUUUGUUCUGGGUCCAGUACGAACGGUUGUUCACCUCCAUAGCUGUGACAAUGUCAAAGUUAUUGUUGUUUGUCACCGUCUUUCUCUUUCCAAAACUACCAAUUGUAUCUUGCAUGUUCUCACUCCAACUCGACCUCUUAUCUUACUUGGCAACCAAGCAAUAACUUUUGCCCCGUUCCACACCCAUUAUCCAAUGCUUGAAGACCACAUGGCGAGGUCAGGAUUGGCUACAGUUCCUAAUUACUGGGAUAAUCCCAUGUUAGUAUGCAGAGAAAACUAUGAGAAAGAUCUGUUUAAACUCCUUCCACCCUUGGAAUUUUAUCCCUUUGUUGUUCCAUUUGAAAUGGAAGGAGACACAACAGAAAUACCUGGGGGAUUGCCACCUGCAUAUCAAAAGGCACAAAGUCAACGAGAACAGAGAAUCCGGAUCUGGCAGAAAACUGUGAAAAAAGCAGGCUUGACAAAAGACCAGAGGAAGGCAUUCCAGGUGUUGGUGGAGAAAAAGUUCUCUGAAUGGCUUGUUCAAACUGGCAGUCUUCAACAACUUGACAGCCUGGAGCUUCCUGCUGCUGGUUCUAAGCAGGCAGCAGGUUAGAAGAGUAUUUAAACUCAGCACAACAGUUAGUUCUAUCAAAGCACUGCAAGUAUUUCUUCCUCAAAUUUGAGGCUACAUCGAUUUUGAAGUUUUUUUGUGGCAUUGCUGAUGAAUUUGAAAACGUGAACUUGCUUAGUAGCAUUCUGAAGGAAGAGAUGGACUUUCUGUUCCUUCCUGCUUGUUUUGGUAUCUUUCAUUGCCAUACAGUCCUCAUAGGACAUUGGGAAACCCUGCUGUUAACGUGAAAUGAAUUACAUUUUUGGUAUCGAACCUUUUUCCUGCUGUUAACUGAAAGCUGAUUGAUUUGUAUGAUAACAAAUGUAUCUUUAUAUCAUUGUUUAGCACUUAAACUAUUAUAUUUAAACAGGAUUGCUUUUGUGUUUAUUUCUUUUUUUCUAGAUGUUUCUGCUUGUUGGAAAAGUUCAGUAUUAUCUUUGUACAUCCAGAUAUUUUGGAGGUAUUGGGCUGGAUAUGUAGAGUAUACGACCCAUUGCAAUAUGUGGGGCAUACGUCUUAAAUAUGACUAUAGUCACCCCAAGACUGUUGAAUUAAUGCAAUUUGACACCACUUUAAGUGCUGUGCCUCAGUGCUAUCAGAUCAUGGGAACUAUAGUUUGGUGAAGUACCAGCAGUAUUUAGCAGAGGAGUAUAAAAGCUUUAUCACACUUCAACUCCCAGGAUUGCAAAGCCUUGAGUUAUGGCAGUUAAAACAGUGUUAACUGCAUUUAUUUUAAGUUUUUAAUGUGUGGAUCCCUCUCUUUGCCUCCUCCUUCAAAGAAAUAGCUGUUAUGCUGAGUUCUGCACUCCUUUAAUAUUCUUUGGAGAUACAAAAGAAUAGUAAAAUGUUUCUUACUGAAACACAUUUAGCUUGACAGGUGGGCAUAAACAGACCUUGCCAUUGCUGGGUUCCUGCCAGGUCUUGUUUCCCAGCAAGGGACUUAAUGCCAGCUGCUGCAGUGCCUUGACUUGAUCAUGUAUCUUUGCCCCUCUCCCUUUUAAUUCAGAACUCAGUGGCAAGAAUAAGGUAAAGAUUUUGCAGUCUCUUCCUGCGUUGCUGUUUAAAGUGCAGAUAGCUUUUUCUUUAAGUGAAGGGCAGACCUUGGCAGGGCGAUGCCGACUCAAUGGGCUGCAUUUUGCCAAUUCCUGCACUAGGUGGCUUUGUGGUUUGUAAGCAGAGUUAGAGCAAGUGAGCCAAGAGAUGGAGCCACAUUGAGGAUGGGAUGUACCUUGCCUAAACACUCCCCAUCUCCCCAAAGAAUUAAAGAAUUAUCCUUGGUGCAUUCAUAAAUAACCCUGAUUGCCUUAGUUUUUUUCUGAAGAGGUAGAAGAAUAAAGUGCCUCAGGCAAGUUUAUCUUAGGAAUAAGAAAAUGAAAAAAUGAAAAUGGAAACUUUUAGAUUAGUCCUGAAAACUGUGGAGGCAUUAUGGAUUCUCUAAUGAAAAGUUAAGUCUUUAGGUAUUUCCCAACGUCCAUUGCAAAAGCAAUGGGGAGUCACCUUGGUCUGAAUUCAGUUGCUAGUUCCUUUGAGUCUGUUGCUGAGGGUGCAUAUGCAUUGUACAAUUAAUGCAGUUUGACUUCACUUUAACUGUCAUGGCUAAAUGCUAUGGAAACCUACUGCCAUAUAGUUUGGCGAGGCACCAACACUAUGUGGCAGCAAAGGCUAAAGACUUGCAAAACUAUAACUGCCAUGAUUCCAUAGCACUGAGCCAUGGCAACUAAAGUGGUGUCAAACUGCAUUAAUUCCACAGUGUAGAUGCACCAAGACGGUUGAACAAUUAUUAUAGCCCUCUAAUUCAACGGGUCUGCUUUAGUCAGAACUAGCACUUGGAUUUAGGCCUUUUUAAUGCUGUGCAGACUUUCUUUGGGUAAGUAUUGUUAAAUUCACUGAGACCUAUCUUGUGGGUUUUGUCACAGCAUGAAUAAAAUUUGAAAAAUGA